UUCCAUUGUCAGUAGACAAUCCACAGAAUGGUCCUGGCAGCAACAGGAGGACCAUGCCUAGCCAAAAUAGAAUAGCGCCGGCUGGCGAAGAGGGCGGUGGAACUGGAAAGUAUCUCACUGGAAUGUUGAUUCUCUCAGUCUUCUCUGCUGUGCUGGGCUUCUUCCAAUAUGGGUACUGCAUUGGAGUCAUCAACGCUCCACAAAAGAUCAUUCAAGAGCACUACGCCGAGGUGCUGGAUAUUUCACCUCCCUUAGACAGCAACGGUUCAUACAUAAUGGAACAACUAUACGAGAACCCUACCAUCGUCACAUUAUGGUCCCUCUCCGUGGCCAUGUUUGCAGUUGGUGGAAUGAUCACCUCCUUCACUGUUGGCUGGGUUGGAGAAAAUAUGGGCAGAAUUAAAGCCAUGCUAAUAGUGAAUGUUCUUGCCAUCAGUGGGAAUCUCUUUUUGGGGCUUGCAAAAUUUGGCCCUGCACACAUCCUCAUCAUUAUAGGAAGAGCAUUAACAGGACUACACUGUGGAUUCUCAUCAGGACUUUGUCCACUGUACGUUGGGGAGAUAGCACCUACCGCUCUCCGAGGGGCAAUGGGAACCCUGAACCAACUUGCUGUAGUUAUAGGCAUUCUCAUCAGCCAGAUCCUUGGCCUAGAGUCUCUGCUGGGCAGUCGGGAUAUGUGGCCCCUUCUCCUUGGUCUGUCUGGUACGGCUGCUGUUCUCCAGAUUAUCCUGCUCUUUCUUUGCCCAGAAAGCCCACGGUACCUGUACAUUAAAGUAGGAAACGUGGAAGAAGCAAAAAAAAGUUUGAGUAAGCUAAGAGGCAAAGACUAUGAUCCUACUGCAGAGAUUGAAGACAUGCAGAGAGAGAAAGAGGAAGCCGCCAAAGAAAAGCCUGUUUCCAUCUGGCAACUCGUCACCUCCGCUAGCCUCAGGCCAGCUUUCCUAGUGGCCAUCAUGGUUCAUAUUGCUCAGCAGUUUUCAGGGAUCAAUGCUAUUAUGUACUACUCUACAGACAUUUUUGACAAAGCUCGUGUCGCGAACCCUAUUCAUGCAACCAUAGGCAUGGGUACUGUCAACACCAUAUUCACUGUUUUUGCUCUAUUCCUAGUGGAACGCCUAGGGAGGCGUUCCCUCUUUCUUGCUGGGUUGAUUGGCAUGAUGAUUUGUACAGUAACCAUGACCAUCGGCCUUGCACUUCAGCCCAAGUUUAUGUGGAUGAGCUACAUAAGUCUGAUUUCCGUCUUCGCCUUUGUCAGUCUCUUUGAAGUUGGGCCUGGACCAAUUCCCUGGUUUAUUGUUGCCGAACUAUUCAGCCAAGGUCCCCGUCCGGCAGCUGUUGCAGUGGCUGGUUUUUGUAACUGGGCAACCAAUUUCAUCAUCGGGAUGUGCUUCCCAUAUGUGGCUACACUAUGUGGACCAUAUGUGUUCCUGAUAUUUGCUGUUCUGCUUGUCCUCUUUGUUAUCUUCGUCUACUACAAAGUGCCAGAAACCAAAGGAAAAACAUUUGAAGAAAUUUCGAAUGAGUUCCGUCGCAAAGGCAAAGCAGGUGCCGAAGGAGCCAAAACAGAAAUGGAGUAUUUGGGAGGAAACCAGGAGGCAUAAAGGCCAACUGGCUAUGCCUCUCUGUGCACGAGAAAGGACGAAAAGAAUGUAUUGUUCGUGCUCCUGGGUCAAGUUAUGGCGAAUGCAUGUUUAAAAUGUAAAAAUGUGCAAAAUGA